UUAUCUAUAAUGGAACAGUCUGAAACAAAGAUGGCUGCGCCCAUCAUACUUGUGCACUCUCCAGUCAGCAGUGAUGCGAUUUCGUGGUCGGAGGACAACAGAAUCGCUAUCGCUACCCCAAAAUGUGUCAUUAUUUUCUCUCUACAGUGUGAUCCCACUGAACAGAACAGCAACUUCGUAUUCCACAAGUCAAUCAUCAAACCACAUGCUGAAAUCUUAGAGCUUGAUGUGGGCAUUGCCAUUGAUUUCGAGGCAUUGAACGAUGAAGAAAGACGGAACUGUCUGGUGAGGUCCCUUCUGAUAGACAGGACCCUUUCCCCGCCAGCCAGCACCAACUCUAAUGAAAAUUACGACAGAAUCAGCAGAAAUAGUUUCAAGCUAGUCAGGUGGUCGCCGGCCGGUACCCGGGAGUUUGACAGUGUGUUAUUAGCAUGUCUCGCACUGGACCACAGACUCACUGUCAACAAACGGACAUCCAAGACAGGCAACAUGACCAUGGUUGUGGACCUCUCCCUCCUCCUUAGUAAGCUCCUCCCCCAAAGAGGAUUUGCUCACAUCAAUGAGGAGCCACGCCCAGAUCUGCCAGCCGAACCCUCACUGGAGACUAAGUGUGUGGAAUUCAAGCGUCGUGUCUACAUGUUAGCUGCCGUCGCUAUGGAUUGGUCCGGUACUUUCAGACCUGCACCAGGUUUAGACCGGGCAUGUGGUCUUUCACAGGAUGAAACGUGGGAACUUGAGAAAGAGUCAUUCAGGUUGCUGGCUGUCGCGAUGAAAAGCGGACAUGUUGCGAUAUGGAAGUUCAGAUUACAUCUGGGGAGUGAGGCUGACAUCAGUUUAUACAAUGCCUUUGACAGUGGCUACCAGUGGCCAGUGUCUCUCGCAUGGUGUAGGGAACCACCUCUGCAGACUACCAGCCAAUCUACAAAAGCAUGGCUAGCAGUUGGAGAUAUACAGGGCUGUAUCUCAGUAUGGAGCAUACAGGAAGAAAACGAAACGACUUCACCGACGUUUACUAAAUGUCUGGAUGUCUGGGUUGAUCAGGACUUGAUAUCUGUUUCCCACAUGGCGUGGACUAACAUCGCUCAUAAAGAGGAAUCGUCGAGUAUCGCCACACUUGUCGUGACCAAAGGGCCGUAUCUCAUGGUGUUCCUUGUCGAUCUUGGUAGCGGGACCGUGGUUCGUUCUGCCCACAACUCUGGCAAGAACCCGAUACUCUCGACAAGUUUGUGUGUUUUUGGGAGCAUGGUUCUGACAAACAGUUCAUUCGGCGAAACUCAUCGGACCGUCAUCGAUUGGACAAAGUCGGAUGGAGUUUUGGAGACUGAUGUCAUGGAGAGCUCCGAUGCGAACUGCAAGAGUUCUGGAAUUACGAUAUCGCCUCAUGGUGUCUACAUAGCAAAACCAGUCAUGCAUCGAAUUUCCAGGAGGAGUCCUUACCCUCGGACCCUCAAUAUCAGCACAGUGGGCAACAUGGAAACCGCCGUGGCUGAAUUACUGGAUUGCCAAGAAGACCUGAGCGAAAAGACCGACCUGCUCGAAUUCCUCCGCCAAAACUUUGUCAACACCGGCGACGGCCUCCCACAGGAGUUAGAGUCCGUCGCGGACGGGGAGUCGGCCGUCGAGGCCAGCUCGGGCAAGGGUGGGGCCCACAGCUACACCCUGAGGCUGAGGAGGUAUCUACUGCUGAUGAAGAUGAACAAGGUCGGGGGUGGGACUGACAAGGACGCGGAGGGGGAAAAGGAGUCUGACAUACAACGGAUCGAAGGGGAGUUGAGGGAAUUGCACGUACUUACCGCCCUUCAGUUUUGGCAACAGAUGUCUGCAAAAAAAGUUGGCGAUAAUGCAACCGCCCACACCACUACAUUGUUGCUGAUGGCUGAUUGGCUGUCUACCUCAAGUAAGAGCAGCGAUGAGCCAAUCAGGAGUCUUGUUACAGAGGUCUACAAGUCCAAUCCUCACGAGACAGAAGUUGGGAAGAGAGAGACAUGUGACCUGUGUGGAGAAAUUGUUGCAUUCACCAGUGCGGUUUCUGAUGCCUGCCCCAACGGACAUGGAUGGAGCCGGUGUCAGCUGAGCCUACAGCUUUGCCAGACAACCGCCAAGAGUCGUGAGUGUCUGUACUGCAGUGCCAUGGCCUUGUCAGCACAAAACCAAUCAGAUUCUGCAUGGCUGAGGCGAAUUCUACGGCAGUGCUGUCUCCUAUGUGCAUCAAUGUUUGUAUAACUAGGAAUUAUAUCACUCUUAUUUGAUGGCAACUAUUAAAAAAUGAAACACUUAAACCAGUUCGUGUCGGAUGACGUGUAUACACGCAAAUGUUCUGUGGUAUUCGGAACGGAUGAUGAAAACACACGCGGGGAGCGAGGCCGGAAAUAUCUGUC